UGUAUAUAAUUGUAUUGUGUGUAGGUGAUCACUAAUAUUGAUAUUCAAAGUAUUGAACCAAUUGAUCAUCAUAUGAGGGACUCUCUAUCUAAAUCUGUGCAAAUGGCAAUUGAGAUAUCUACAAAGUCAAUAGAGAGGUCAGCACAGCAUGAGGCACAGAGAACUGAACAAAAAGCAAAAGGAGAACUAGAGAGACAAAAACUACAAAAUGAAAAGGAGGCAGAGGAAGCAAGUAAGGAGUUGUUAGAGUUACAAGCAGUAGCAGCUGCUGUUGAGAGCACUGGACAAGCUAAAGCAGAAGCACAAUAUAACUUCACUAUGAAGGACAAAGUGCUAUUGAAUGUAAGGGGAACUUCCUUUCUUCCAGACAAUAGACUUUGCUCAUUUAGAGGCCGGACUCAUACCACCACCUUUCAUACCCAAUUCCAGAGCAGUCUAUGCUAAAGAUGUGUUGGAUAUUGAUCAGUUCUCCUCAGUCAGAG